AUGGCUGAGCACAACUACUACUACAAGAUCCUGGACGCCGCUCCUGCGCAGCCGCUCCCUGAUACACUUCCACUGUCGGACUUGGACAAAAAAGAUGGCUUCAUCCAUUUAUCUACCGCUCAGCAGACUCCCGUGACGGCCGACCUGUUCUUCAGUCAGUGUUCAAAGCUGUGGCUUUUGAAGAUCAGGGUAAAGGAUCUCGACGGAGAGAUCCGAUUUGUCCCAGAGUUGCCAGGGUGUCCACAUGUCCACGACUCCAACAAGGGACUUGGGAACGGAAACAUUGAAAGCAUUAUCAUUGCUGAGAAGCAUGGCGGUCCAAGCUGGAAAGCUGUCACCGAGUUAGCUACCCUGCAGGACUGA